UGUCAGUUUGUUUUUUUACAAGAAGUGAUAAUUUUUUGUUAAAAAGUUUGGGGUAAAUAGGCUUGAAAAUCCCGUGGUGUUAUUUGUCAAAAAAUCCAAAUUUUUCGUGAAGCAACGCAAUCAUGACAGAAAAGUAUUAUUGUCUAGACAAUUUCUUCAAGAAAAUGACGGAUUUGGAGUCCCCGAAGAAGAACAAUGAUUGCUAUUUCUACUAUUACUCGACGUGUGCGAAGGGUGACAACUGCACGUUUCGCCACGAACCAUCUGCUUUAGGCUGUGAAACUAUGUGUUCCUUCUGGAAGGAAGGUAAAUGCUUAAAUGUCCACUGCAAUUUCAGGCACAUGGAAUUGAGAAAAAACCGCAAAGCGAUACCUUGUUACUGGGAGUCGCAACCUGGCGGCUGUCUAAAGCCUCACUGUCCCUUCCUGCAUCAGAGCCCCAAACCUGCAGCUGCUAACGAAUCUCAUGAAAGUAAAACAGAUUCUGGGACAGGUAACGAGCCCAUUAAGGCAACAAGAGACUUAAUUGUGGUUUUAGAAUCUGCGGAUAAUUCAAUGAACGAAAAAUUUAGCCAUUUGAGUGAGAAGGGUUUCAAGAACGCGCCCGUUGACUCCCUGGUUGUUAAUUUUGAAGAAGAAUCUGACAAUGAAUCAGCGCCAACCAAUUCGCCAAUUAAGUCCAACCAUCGCGCUGUGAAAGUUAAAACUUUGGAAGAAAUUAAACUGGAAAAAAUUCAAGCCGAAUCUGCCGCUUACUACUCAUAUCCAGAAGACGACGGUGAGGACUUGCGCCAGAGGAUAUGGGAACGACUUUCAACGAAAAAUCCCGGAUUUGGUUUAAAGAGACAACACGAAACAAACAUCACAGGGCCGCUCUCAAAAAAACCGAAGAAAACAGAAACAGACGUCAGUGAAAUUAAGAUUAAGACUUUGGACGAAAUCCGGGCUGAACGAGCAAAGAAAACCAGUCAAAAUUCAGAUGCAAUCAAUAUUUGUGAUAGUUGCGUUAGUAGUAGUACUGAAGAUACUCAGAAUGAGGUGAAAAAGGCAAAAAUAAAACUACAAAGGGAGCCAGCCUAUAUUCAAGAAAAGAAAGAACAGUUGAAUGAAACCAAAGAAGUUGUUGACAAAACUAGUGAUAGUGAUGUUGAUAUGAGCCAGAGUAAUAAUAAUAAGACAGCUGACGAAAUUUUGCUCCUGCAGGAUGACGAUGAUAAUUGUAAUGUUAGUUUGAAGGAGGAGGAGAGGCUUUUAAAUGAUUUGGACGAUUUUUUGGAAGACUGAGUUAGGGACACCGUGUCAUUAUUAUGUUAAGCAUUAAUUUUAAUUUAACGAGAAGCAGUUUUAUUUUUCAUGUUUACAUUAUCAGCGUUGUACAAAAUAUAUUUUAAGAGUUUUUCAAAAUAAAUAUUUAGAUAAUUA